UCCAUCACUCCGCCGCUGUCGCACCGCUUCGAGACCGGAUGCAGGGGCUCAACCUAUAACUUUUAUGCGUUUUUAUUUGCGCUGCUGCUCUGCCGCUGAAGAAGACCGCUGAAGAAGACCACUGAAGAAGACCACUGCUCUGCGCAUUGGGUGUUGUUUUAGCGCCAGGACGCUGCUCAUCACCACCGAGUUGUAUUUUUUUUCUCCAGGAGGAAACCAAGUAGACAAAGAACUUUACAGUCGUCGAUACCAGGGUGCCCGGUGCAGGAGGACCACACGGUGAGCAGAGGACACCAAGUACAUAUCGGGAGCUCCAUCAAUUUUUCACAAUUUUUUCCAACUUCAGCCCUCAGACAAACAUUAGCAUGAUGUCGUAUCUAAAGCAACCACCUUACACAGUCAAUGGCCUCAGCUUAACUACUUCUGGAAUGGACCUUUUGCAUCCAUCAGUAGGCUAUCCAGCAACACCACGGAAGCAGAGGCGAGAGAGGACUACUUUUACGCGCGCACAGCUCGACAUAUUGGAGGCGUUAUUCGGCAAAACUCGGUACCCGGACAUAUUCAUGCGCGAAGAGGUGGCGUUGAAAAUUAAUCUACCCGAGUCCCGAGUACAGGUGUGGUUUAAGAACCGGCGGGCGAAGUGUCGCCAGCAGCAGCAGCAGCAGAACGGGGGUCAGAACAAGGUGCGACCUGCCAAGAAGAAAAGUUCCCCAACCAGAGAAGUGAGCUCCGAGAGCGGGGCCAGCGGCCAGUUCACGCCCCCCGCAAGCACCACCACCGCCCCCGCCAUCGCCACCAGCACCGCCCCAGUGUCCAUCUGGAGCCCGGCGUCCAUCUCUCCGCUCUCAGACCCCCUGUCUACCUCCUCCUCCUGCAUGCAGAGGUCUUAUCCCAUGACCUACACCCAGGCCUCGGGCUACAGCCAGAGCUACGCCGGCUCGACGUCCUACUUCGGCGGCAUGGACUGCGGCUCUUACCUCACUCCCAUGCACCACCAGUUGUCAGGCCCUGGCUCAACACUUAGUCCGAUGGGCACAAACGCGGUCACGGGCCAUCUGAACCAGUCCCCGGCGUCCCUCUCCACCCAGGGCUACGGGACGUCCGGCCUGGGCUUCAACUCCACAGCAGACUGCUUGGAUUAUAAGGACCAAGCGGCGUCGUGGAAACUGAACUUCAACGCCGAUUGCUUGGAUUAUAAGGAUCAAACAUCCUCGUGGAAAUUCCAGGUCCUGUGAACAGAGCAGGCAGCUGUAAAAAAAAAAAGGUGCACAAACACGAUCACAUCAGACACGGCGCUGCCACCCCUCAAUAAAACAGUCAGCCGGGCUCGGCGAGGCAGGGCUCUCAGGGGCCUCGGCUUUUUGGCAUGAUGGUGUUUGGUCCUCUUAGAGGAGAGGUUUAAUUUAUUUUAGCACUGGCUAAGAGAUUUCUUCCGUUCGUUCACAGGUUGUAGCCCCUCAUCCAUGUCUGUCCGUGUGUGCCUCGUAUACGCGUAAAAACACCUGUUGAGGGCGACACAGAAUGGACUAAAAGAAAAGUACACCGCAGCCACGGAACAAAUGUUUAUCCAAGAACAAAACUUCACGUCCAUUCUCCUCGUGAAGUGCUCGGGCUGGACAGACCUCUCCUCCAAGCCUCUUACGCAACUUUGCCGACCUGCUGGCAGAGACACGUGAGGACGGCGUGUGGACAUGGAUGCACUACUUUAUUUAAGAAGAAAAAAAGUGUUUAUAAGGAAUCAAUAUGUAGUUUCUAAGAGACAAUCAGUGUGUGUCUUAUAUAAAUGGUACAUUUGUGUUUUUAUUUUAUAUUUUAUCUGUGCUAGCCUUCGAAACUGUGAUCUGUUGUAUUGUAUAUGCAAUGUGUGAGCCCCCCCCCCCCCCCUCGCAUCAGACUCUCUGCUGUGAUUUUAAUAGAUUUCUAACUCUUUUUUUUUAACAACAAAAGAUGCUAAUGGUUAAAUCACCAGCAUCACAAAGAGAGACGAGACUUUUCCAACCGAAUGGGUAUGAUCCCGAGUUAGCGCAACUGGGAAUGGCGCUCGGCUGCAGCGCCACUUGCUCCCCUCCAUUGAUCUCGACACACGGUGACGGUGGAUCCUUUAUGGCUCCAAAGAUGGUGUGACCUCACCGCUGAAAAGACAUGAAUAAAGGUCCUGUGAGCUUACUCUUUCAUCAACAAACGAUCUGUGUGUGCGUGUGCGCGCGCGCGUGUGUUUUUGUGGGCGGGUGUGGUGGGGCGAGGAAUGGAGAAUGAACAAAGUGACAGUGUCCAAAACAAUGCGUGGUGUAUUUGAGCUGCAGGAAUAUAUAUUAUAUAUCCUCCAAUUAUAAAUCAAUAGUGGGAAGAAAAAAAACAUAAAGACAAAUUUGACCUUUUAUCAACCGAAAAAGCAACAUAAUCUCAAUUCACGAGAAGGAAAAUAUGCCUUACUAACAUAACUUCACAAAUGUGUGACUUAAUGAAAACCUAUAGGUCUAACAGGUGGAGGACGGAGGUUCACAUAAUUAGACCAAUAACGACCCUCUCUAUUCUCAAUGGCGGCCACACGCAUGCGCCGUUAUUGCUCAAACGUGAUCAAAACGCAUAGAUUAACACAUUGGGGUUUAGAUUACAUGCAUCGAUUGUAAUGCAUGUAAUAAAAUAAUAUGGGACGAUGCAUACAAACAUGUGUUAACGGUCUGUUUAAAAAAAAAAGUCGAAUUAGCCAAAAAUGAAAAAUAAAUGAUGGGGUCGUAGUUUAUCCGGUGCUCAGGUGGCAGUAUUAAAGUCCCCCCCCCCCCUCCUCUCUCUCUCUCUCUCUAGUUUCUGGUAGUUCAAUUCAGAACGUUUCAACAAAGCGAGUGCAGCUUGAGAAAGCAGUUUUUAAUUCCGGCCUCCAAGAGAUGUUAAUCCCACUAUUUGACCGGCGGGGGUUCUCUGAGGCGCAGGGGCAGCGAGGCCUCACUCAAAGCCCCCCGCGUGGGUUUACAUCCCGCGUCUCACAUGUGAAGACUCGUCUAACGAGCACACGUUGAUAUUUCAUUAGACCGUCGAGAAGCUGCACCGUUUGGCUCGACUCGCCUUUUGUGCGUCGGGAGAAGAAGAAACACCGCGAAGCUCCUCGGGGUUAACAAGGACAACACAUGGACAUCAUCUUUUUACUGAGGUGUAAAUAUGAUUGUAAAUAUGACAUUUACAGAAAUGAUCCCUGCUGGGUGAUGGAUCUGCAGAAACUCGGCACUAAAACCAAUAAAAGUUACUUUCUUGCUCUA